AUGCACCAGCUCCAGCCUCAGUUCCAGAUCCAGCUGUGGCUCCAGAUCCAGUUGUGGCACCAGUUGCAGCCCCGGUUCCAGCCCCUGCCCCAUGCACCAGCUCCAGCCUCAGUUCCAGAUCCAGCUGUGGCUCCAGAUCCAGCUGUGGCUCCAGUUCCAGUCCCGACUUCGGCCCCUGCUCCAUGCACCAGCUCCAGCUCCGCUUCUGCCCAACAGCAGCCCCUGCUCCAGCCUCAGCCCCGGUUCCAACCCCUGCCCCAUGCAGCUCCAGCCUCAGUUCCAGAUCCAGCUGUGGCUCCAGAUCCAGCUGUGGCUCCAGUUCCAGUCCCGACUUCGGCCCCUGCUCCAUGCACCAGCUCCAGCUCCGCUUCUGCCCAACAGCAGCUCCUGCUCCAGCCUCAGCCCCGGUUCCAGCCGCAGCUCCCUGGCCCAGUGUCAGCCCCAGUUCCAACUCCGCCCCUGCACGCCAUGCAGCCCCAGAGCGACAAGGCCCAGACGCCACCAGCCACGGGCACGCCGGUGGACGACGUGGUGGACACGCGGACCUCGUUGCGCCUCACCAACUCGGCGCUAUGGCGCGAGGCUUCCACGCUGCGGGCCGAGAAGGCCAACCUGACGCACAUGCUGGAGAGCCUGAUGGCCGAGCUGGCACUGCUGCGUCUGAGGGUACGCGUCCCAGGGGCGCUGCAGAUCACCCCACCCGUGUCGGCCAGGGCCUCGGGGGGCACCUGUCCACUCACCACACUGCCCACCUCGCUGCAACCCUUCUCGGGCGACCCGGGCCAGCUGGCCGGCUUCCUCAUGCAGAUGGACCGCUUCAUGAUCUUCCAGGCCUCGUGCUUCCCUGGCGAGGCCGCCGCGCGCGUGGCUUUCCUGGUGUCACAGCUGACCGGCGAGGCUGAGCAGUGGGCCAUCCCGCACAUGCACCCCGACAGCCCGCUGCGCACAGACUACCAGUCCUUCCUGGCGAAGUCUCCCCUGAGGCAUGCACGCCGUGCCCAGACCCGCAAGUCCACAGCUGGGUCCCACCGCACGGUGCAUGAGCACCAGACGCUAUGCCACCAGCUGCCCACCACCUCCGCCACCAAUGGGCCCUGCCUGCACCCCGCCACCAACGGGACUAGCCCCUCAACUGCCCUACCUGCCCGGGCUCGGAACCUUUAA